CAAAAUUAACAACAGAACGUCUGCUUUCCUCCAUGUGACAAUAGCAUGAUGGAUAUCUCGUGCCGGAUCUCCUUGGUUUAGAAAUCACAUGCAUGGUGUGUGUAAACACCCACUGUUUGUUAUUCUCGCAUGUAAAAUUAUGCGGCUUAGUUACUAAAAGUCCAACCAAUAACUGAAUUUCAUUAAAGUUUUAAAUAUCAGCUGGGAUGGCAACUGUAUUGUUAAACGACGAAGCAGAACAAAGCCGAAAGCUAAGCAUGGAUGUCCAAGACACAAAGAAUACUACGUUAAGUGCAGUUUCGAAUCAUCGAAAAAUGAUGGCAUUACCCGCGUUAAAAAUAUUAGCAGAUCUUGAUCAUUCUGAGAAAAGCUUUGAUGUUCUAAUGUCUGUAAUGGACAGAUGCUGCCGAGAACCAAAUAACCAAAGUGUUUUCCUUGGGUGUGGAGAUGAUGAAUUAGACCACAAAUUAGCUUUUGCUUACACAAAAUGGUUUCUUGGCAGAUUUUCAAUAAUCUUUACAAGGAAAUCAUACAUGAAGGCUUUCAAUUCCUUCAUUGAACUGAACGUGAAAAUUUUGAAUUUGUUCCGUGAUAAAGAACCAAACCAAUUUAGAAGUCUUGUAAAUGAAUUUGUUAACUUAUUGAAGGAAUUAGCUGUGAUUGUAUCUCAACGGUCAAAUGAAGAAGUUCACACCCAUCAAAGCUUCAAAUUGCACUCUUUUGUCCCUAAAGAGCCAGUAGCUCUUGCAACAGAUUGCCUUUUGAAGAUGGAUGGCUUAGAACUAAAUUCUUUACAAGAAUGUUCUCUUCUACAAAGCAAUGUUACCAAGAUCAUUGCUAUGUCAGCCGAUGGCAUUCUGCAAUACGACCCACAGUUGUGCAGCAAACUUGUCUGCAUUCUAUUGGAUCAAUUGAAUUAUGGGGAAAUCUGUACAUUUAAAUCUACUUUGAAUUGUCUUGGACAAAUCUUAGUACAUGAUUGUUCAACAAGAGUUCUCGAGAUUUUUCUACACUACGCAUACCGCUUAGUCAACCUAAUGACGGAUGAAAACAACCGAGUCUGGAAUGAAAAUAGCGAAAAUAGUUCCAGUGAAAUAGGAGUUGCCCUAAUUGAAUGCCUUAGUCGCUUAUCUAACCCUUUUGGCUCGUGCAGCAUGACUAAUCACCAAUAUUUGAGGCUCAUUAGUUUCAUUUUACUCCGUGAACAAUUUCAUCAGCCUAUUGUCCUCAACAACCUUCUGCAAAGCAUGCUUGGCGCACUUCAAAGAUUUACCUGUCAAGAAACCACUUCUCUUUGCAGAUUUACACCUGAUCUCUGGAUCAAGCUGUUAAAGCAUUCCUAUGCUGCUAUUCCGCCCAUGCUAAUAAUCCUUCAAAGUGAAAUGGCUCCUGGAGACAGUCCAAUUGAAAUUAGUGAACCCUUAGCUAAAAGAUUAAAAAUCGAUUUUCUUCCGACAUUGACGUCCGUAACUCUAUGGGAGCAACUAAAAAGUCGCUGGACUCUAAUACUAGACCAACAAGUUACGGAUCAACCAGUUGAGAUGGCAGAUAUAACAGCGCUUGUAAGAAUCGCGAUAUCUGGAGUCAAAUUAAAGCUGAAAUGGCGUGAAAUGAAUUCUGUCAUGGACGAUGCAGAUUUUGAAAAUCUAAAUGGAAAAAUUUGUCAAAUACUGUUAACUGGAGAAAUCAACAGUGAAAAUAUGGACAAUGUCAUAGCCAUUAUAUGCGAGUAUUUGACCAGCUGUAUCCCCCUUACCUAUGCCGGAAUCGACAAGAACAUCGCUUUAGCGUGGUUUGCGCUUUCGGCACUUCCGUGGCUGUCGUCAGUGUCCGAAUCGUGUGAUCUGGAAGUCAAAUGGAUCCAAGUGAGCCGCAAAUUCAGGCCCUCGUUCCUGAAACACCAAAGCAGUUUUGCCAGCUGCUUCGUCAAGUUCCCCGUUGGGUUUUUUAAACCUUGGGCUGUUGAAAUUGGCUUGAAAAUUUUUGACAUAGAAUUUUUGCAAGCUGAUGCUGGGACACUUAUACCUUCUCUUCCGUGGAUUGUCCGUCACAGUAAAUCGUUUCGCGAAGCCAUCAGUCAAUGCUUAACAACAAUUUUGGCUUCAGGCUCAAAAGAAGAGAUAAGAGAGUUAACAAAAACCGGAACAGACUUGGUCUGUGCCCUAUCAGGCAAGACGAAUGUUGUCAAUAACCCCGAAGAUGGAUUGAGCUUACGUUGCACCCAUAAUCUGGAAAAUCUUGCUACAUCACUGAAGAUUAGCAUCGUUCCUGAAAACAUGGCGCUUUUCUUCCUCGAGUUUGUUUUUGAUGAAAAUGAUCAUUCAGUACUUCAUCGCGUGGAGCUUUUUCGCUCUGUGCUUUAUCACUCUGCUCGAACUGAAGCGCUGCGUGUAUCUGUCACCAAGAAGUUGCACAAAGCGGCGCAAAUGUCCGUUGAAAAAAACUUUGCAUAUCUACAAAGCACCGUUUUAAAGUGUACGACGAUUUUGGUACAGUUUUGGAAGGAAACUGUCAUGUCAGACUGCUUUCACGUUGUAUUCAAGAUCUUGCUACUGUCUUCAUAUGGUGCACCUGUGAUGUGCUGGACUUCAUCGACAGUCAAAGAAAUCGCAUCGAAAUUGAACGUAACUCCAGAAAUGCUUUUCCAGCGGCAUGUCACAAUCGUUUGCGAUGUCCUGCUGAGCAAUCCUGAUUUGGAAUGGAGAAAUAGUUUACUCUCUCUAGCCCCAGAAAUAUUCAUGAGCUCUUCGCACAUGGUCUCGAAUGUCCAUCAGUGGCUCUUGCUUUUGAUACCAACAUUGAUCCCACGAUUGGUGGUCGAAAGAGCAAAGGCCCCCAGCCCAUUUUUCGAAGAAAUUUGCAAUCAAAUGAACAAAAACCCAAGUGAGUUGAUUGUCAAAUAUUUUUCAGAUAUUUACGUUCACAUCUUACUGUAUUGUGAUGCGAACGAACAGAGCGCCGUCACAUCAUACGUUGAGCGCAUAACCAAACUGAAGCUUCCACUGCUCCGUGCGCCGAACUUUCAAUCAGUUCACAAUGAUUUAGUUAUUCAGCUACAUUCUCAACGUGAUCGUGUGCUUAAAGCUCUUAAGGUCUUCGCUGACGAAGACAAAUCGGCAGCAGUAUCCACGUCCACCUCUACUGCCAAGAAUCGCUGUCAGACUAAAAGUUUAAACAGUCUUGGUGACUAUCUUCGACCUCGCUUCUUGGGCAUACUGGUUCAUUUGGAUAGCGUCCUCCUUUCAAAGGUCUUGUCAGAUCAUAUCAAGAUAGAAGCCUUGUCGUCACUUUCCGAUUUACUCCAUCUCAUGGGGACGGAGAACAUCGUCGCUGUCCGGCUAAAAGUGUUGGCCACGUUAAGGACAGCAUUACAACUAACAGAGGAACCCUUUCCUCAAUUGAAUGCCUCAGCUUGGGAUGCCUUCGUAAGGAUACUCGGCGUUCAAGAUUUGGGGCCAUUAGUAAGCCAAAUCGCCGUGAGUAUUCUCCCUCUCCAUUCGUCUUGUGCGGAACAGAUACGUUCUAUUCUCUACUAUAUUGUUGUGGAAAACGCAGAAACACUCAAAGAACAUCUGAAAGAUCUGCAUUUUCUUCCCGAACUCCCAGGCCUCGAAGAUGUUGUCUAUUCAUUGAAAAAGACGUGCAGCACGAACACCAGCAUUCCGGAACAACUGUCGUUCUUAAUGCGUAACAUUUCGCACGAAGAUUUCGAAGUCCGGAUGCAGUCGUUGUCACAUUUGAAAUCGAUAGUCCAAAAAAAUUUUGACAUCAUUCAACAGCUAAUUAUGGGCACCAAUGACACGUCGGAGGCGGUACUCACGCGUCUUAUUUCCGCUCUGUUGAAAGGCUGCUCAGUUCGUGAAGAUGAAUUGCUUCUAUUGUACGGCAAAUGUUUCGGUUACUUAGGCGCCGUCGAUCCGGGACGUUUAACUUUCAGCGACCAGCAUAAUGGGGAUUCAACUGUCUACACUGCAACGCUUAUCGACGACGAUUUCACCUUUCACCUGCUGGGUUUACUAGCUCGCUCUUUCCUAGCGCCACGCAAUUCACAGAACUUAUCUAUUCUUUCGUUCACCAUCCAACAAAUUUUGAAAAUCUACAACUCUGAAGAUGAUUCGUCGAAAUUGUUUGAAAGUGCAUUGUGGAACCGUCUUCCGGAGCAACUAAGAGUGGCGUUUUCGCCUUUGACCAGUUCUCGCUACGCCUUAAAACAACAAACGGAAUCAGGCCCAGCUCCUUUCCCUCUUUAUCGAUCAACCGCAGGGAAAAGUUACGGCAAUUGGUUGUACAACUGGACAGCUGGGUUGAUUAAAAAAGUGACCCACCCUCUUGCUCAACAGAUUUUUAAUGCCUGUUUGCCAACUGUGCGCCGAGACUUGAACAUCAACCGAUAUCUUUUACCCUACGUUGUCAUCACUGCACUUUGGAGUAGUCCAGUCGAAGAAAGCGCUCGCAUCGGCGAAGAAAUUAUGGCGGUGCUGACGGACCGUGGUUUGCAGAGGAGCCCUCGAAGAAUGAUGAAACGUUAUUCGUCUAGCGCCAGUGCGACAGAUGUCUCUAGUCAAGGAUCGAGCCCUAAAGAUUCCGCCGACGCUAACCUCCAUCAGUCUAGUAUGCAAGGCAUCUUUCAUUUGCUGGAUCAUUUGAAGAAAUGGUUGAAGCAAAAGUCAAACAGCCAUCGCUCGAACAGAAAGGAUCGCUCCAUUACUCUGGAUAAAGAGUACAAAGUGGUCCAGGAACUUGUGGACCGUAUUCCAAAUGAUUUACUUGCCCGAGCUGCUUAUCAAUGCCAAGCAUAUGCUCGUGCCAUUCUCCAUCUGGAAGCUCAUCUGAAAGCCAAUCCUAUUCAGUUGCGGGAUCAACUGGGUUUUCUUCAGAAACUAUACGUAGCCAUGGAUGAACCGGACGGAGUGGCUGGAGUUUGUGCCAUUCGAGAUCAAGAGCCAAGCCUUGAAGAGAACAUUACUGCCUACGAAGCCACCGGUCGUUUGCAAGAUGCGUUUUCAUGCUACGAACGCAUCAGCCAAAGAGAAGAUUGCUCAUUAGAAUUUUAUCAGGGAAUGUUGCGAUGUUUACUGAACUUGGAUCUGCCUCAAGGUUCCCUGACUAUGGCUAAUGGACUGUUACAGAAUUGUCCCGAAUGGCGCCGGAAUCUAGAUGACUAUCGUGCCGAAUGUGGUUGGCGUCUUGGCCAAUGGGAUUUGCUUGAAGACGUUGUCAAGCCGUAUGAUUUAACAUCCGCCAACAAUGAUGCGGCUGUCGGUUGGGGUGUUGGACUAGGACAAGCGCUGCUAGCCACGAAGACAAACGAUCUGCCAAAAAUGGAAAAAUGUUUGCGUUCAGUGCGGCUGAAACAAAUGCGAGUGAUUAGCGCCAUCAAUCUCGAACGUAACUCGUAUCCACGAGCUUACGAAAAUUUUGUUAGACUGCAUAUUCUGUCAGAGAUGGAAUCGGCCGUGUCGCUACUGGACCCAGCCUUGAUUGCAAAAGAGACUGCCUUUCGAGCUCGUUUUAGCGAACUUUUGAAAAAUUGGAACCAACGGUUGGAUGGAGUGCAGGCGUCGGUGCGUUACACGGAGCCGGUUUUGAUUGUUCGUCGCGUUGUGUUGAAAUUAAUUGGCCAACAAGUAGAGACUAAACACCCCCAACUGAUGGAAGAAAUCGAAGCUGAAAUCGGGAAUAGUUGGCUGGUCAGUGCCCGUUUAGCUCGGAAGGCCGCUCAUUUCCAGCGUGCACAUAUUUUACAAUUGGUUGCUAGUACAAGCCCCUGCCCGCCACCGGCCAUAUAUAUGGAGCAAGCCAAACUGCAUUGGGCCAAAGGCGAACAAGAUCAAGCCAUCACAGUAUUGAAGCGAGGAGUGGAAAAACGUUUUCCCGACUUGCAGGCGGUGCAAAUCGAAGCUGCCGGACUUGAACCUGACAAAUUCACCAGUGACAUUCUUGAAUGUUUAAAAGCCAAACUGUUGCUUGCUCGCUACUACGAUGAGACUGGCCAUGCAGAUAUGAACACUAUUAUCAGAUACUACAAGGAAGUGACCGAGAUCAGCAAGGUGUGGGAAGAAGGAUUCUUCCGUUUGGCUGGUUACUAUGAUGUGCUGUGGAACAAUCUAGAAGGAACCAAGGAGAAUCAUCUUGAUAUGGCGCGUUACAUCGUUACCAAUCUAGGUCGUUCGAUGAUUUAUGGAAGCCAAUUUAUCUAUCAGGCGAUGCCUCGAAUGCUUUCCCUCUGGAUGGAGUUAGGCACAGCGGAAGCUGAGAAUCCCAAAAUCUACAAGAAUAGUAGCAGUCGAGUCAAGAUGACCGACGUGACAAGAGCUAUUGAUGUUGCACAGGAAAAAAUUCCUGCUUACAAAUUUUUGACGGCAUUUCCCCAGUUGAUUUCAAGAAUUUGUCAUCCGCAUCCGGAAGUGGCUGCUCUCCUUCGUCGUAUCAUUGCAAAAACUCUCGUAUCUCACAUGCAGCAGUGUAUGUGGAUGAUGAUUUCAGUUUUGAAAUCGUCUUACAGCGUUAGGGCAAAGCGUUGCCGAGAGAUCAUCGAUAUGGUUGCAUCUAACCAACCCAGUGUGAGAAAAUUCUUUGGAGAUGCCACAAAUUUAGCGGACAGGCUUGUCGAACUAGCCAAUAAACCUGUCGAAGAUGGCGUAAUGGUACUUUCGGUCGAAAAAGCUUUUAGAGCUCUUCCUAGUCUUCUCAGCCAAUCGCAUUUCAGCAAAAUUAUGGUUCCAUUGCAAUGGCUGAUGACGGUGACAUUGCCUGCUACUCCAGGAGAGAAUGUCGAACACAAUCCGUUUCCAAAAGAUUCUGUCUACAUUGUUGGUGUGGAAGAUACCGUAGAGGUAAUGCACUCGUUGCAAAAACCGAAGAAAAUAUCCAUCCGUGGAUCUGAUGGCAAAUUGUACGUUUUCCUCUGUAAACCGCAAGAUGAUUUGCGGAAGGAUUUUAGGUUGAUGGAAUUCAACCAGUUGAUUAAUCGGUAUCUUCUUCGAGAUCCCGAUUCACGCAAACGCAAUUUACACAUCCGAACUUAUGGUGUUAUUCCGUUAAACGAAGAUUGUGGUCUCAUCGAAUGGAUUCCGAAUCUAAUUGGUUUGCGACUCGUACUCAACCGGAUAUACAGAGAAAAGGGUUGUCUUAUGAGCAACACGGAAUUAAGAAAGAGGACGCCCCAUCUUCGGGAUACGCUUUUGCGCAAAAGAGAACUAUUUGAAAAAGAAAUUCUACCGCGGUAUCCUUCCGUGUUCAGUGAAUGGUUCUUGAGCACAUUCCCCGACCCCCAAGAUUGGUUUUUAGCCAGACUAAGUUAUGUUCGAACGACGGCCGUGAUGUCCAUGGUAGGAUUCAUUGUUGGCCUAGGUGAUCGUCACGGAGAAAAUAUCCUUUUUGACGCAGUAUGUGGCGAUGCAGUUCACGUAGAUUUUAGUUGUCUCUUUAACAAAGGUCUUUCCUUUGAAUGGCCUGAACAAGUUCCGUUUCGUUUAACGCACAACAUGAUUGAAGCCAUGGGGGCGACAGGGGUCGAGGGUUCUUUUCGGAAAUGCUGUGAAGUAACCUUACACGUAUUAAGGAAAGAAAUUGACACACUUCUUAGUGUACUGAAGCCCUUUGUUCAUGAUCCACUCGUGGAGUGGUCAAAGAAAUCCGUAAAUAAAGGUCGCGCUGAUCUUCCCGAGAUAAAAAAUGAGCAGGCUUUAGAACAUGUUGAGAAUAUCAAAAUGAGAUUGCAAGGCUAUUUUCAACAGCCUAAUUCGAAGAAUAAAAUGAAAUACCGCUUGUCUGUCGAGGGACAAGUUAACCAGCUUAUUGCUGAAGCUACCAAUGUGGACAAUUUAUGCCAAAUGUAUAUUGGUUGGGCAGCCUAUAUGUGAUAGUCCGUUGCACUGAUUCGAGAACGACCGACGUGAUUGGAGUUAAAUUUCUCCAAUAUUCGAUCAGGCUCUUGUGUUUCAUAUUUAAUCAUUCUGUAAUCUUCAAAGAAGAAUAAAGAAAUUACCUUUUUUGCCAUUGUCCAUAUUAUUCUGUCGGUUCUGUUAUUGUUCUGGUCUUUUAAAGAUUUUUUUCCUUGUGUUCAAAUUUAGCCUGACGUUCAAAUGUUAAGUGUUAAUCGUGAAACAAAAUCUGAAUUAUUUUCUGGACAAUGACAAUAAGAGAAACAUCAUGGUGUAAAAGGUUCCCUUUUACACCAUGGAAACAUCCUGAUAUCUAAUAUCGUCUGGCAACGCUGCUGCUAGUUGAACCCAGCCUGUUAGUUGUUAGUCUUGUUACUUUAUUCAACUCGCUUCAGUAGUUCAGUUGUGUAUUCUCACGUCUCCAGUUAAAGGGUUUGGAAUCUUCGAGUUACAUCAUUGUUUGCUCGUGGAAUUUUUAGUUGAUACUGAUAUACUGUUGUUGCCUUGUGAAGAGUGCCAUAUUGCCUAUAAUACUAAAACGUUACAGAAAGUGAUUCUGAGAAUCGACAUAAACAUAAGAGAAGCAAAAGGAAAGGAUGAGUAAGCAGAGAGCCGCCGACUAUGAGUGUUGUGGUAUCCGUUUUCUCAAUAAAAAAGCAUUAGGACACCACUUGGCCACCUGUCAUGAACAAGGAUUGAAAUGCUCAAUGUGCGACGACCAUUUUAAGACACCAUUCAGAUUACGAAAACAUGAAAUUGUCCAUUUUGGUAAGAAGGAUUUCGUCUGCAACAUAUGUAAUUUUGCCACGUUGCACAAAGGUAAUCUGAAACGGCACGUCCGGUUGCAUGAACGCGGAGACAGUCAUUCGUCAACCAAAAAUGAAUUAAUACAUCACGGUCGUUCGACCAAGAACCACAAGAAAAAUGAAAAAACCUUCAUCAACAAACCGCAUAGCUCAGGCAGUAAGACAUCUGGUUUAACGAAAACUGAACUCCAUGAUGGCGAUGAUUUUACUGAGGAGAAACAACGCAAGGAGUACGACGAAAAGCAUCAAACAACAACAAAUUGUAGAGUUUUUCGUACCGUUGAAAAUAAUAAUGGAGGCAAGUCGGGUAACUGCCUCAAAAACGAGAAAUCCAUAACUUCCUUCAAAACAAACAAAGUAAAAAAAAUUGGAGUUGCGAAACGGCUUUUAAAAUCAUCAUCGUUAUUUGGUCGACAAAAAAGCACUCGACUGGUGGCCGAUCGCACACGUUACGUCAUCGAGAAACUGGAUUCUGCACAGGAUGAAGCCCGACAAAUAAGAUCACAAAUUUCAAUGCUAACGACAGUUCCUGCAUUACUUCCUCUACUCGAACGAUUGCUAGAAUUGUCCACUUCCAUCGCGAAACAUAUUCCUAAAGCAAUUAGGAAGGAAGUUCGUUUUCAAGUCAUAGAAUGCCUGGAAUAUCUAUUGCACACCACCAGGAUGGUUAUUGUUCGCUGGGAAGAUUUGAUUGGCCUGAUGUAUCGUGACACGUCGCUCAACGCCAUCCAAUACGCUUACAGAACACUUCCAAUUUUUAUAAACUGGGAAAAGAAUGAACAUCUUGAAAUGCUGGAUAAUGUCCUUCUGUUGAUUUUCCACACAGUAAAAAACAAGCAAUAUCCACCACCUAUCCGAUCUGAAAUUAGCCAGAAUCAGUUGGAAAACGUCCCACAUCUAAUCAUCGAUUCCGAAAGGGCAGGCACGUCAGACAUCAAUUAAUCGAGAAUUGCAUGAACAAGUUUUCCUUCUGCAACAGCCAAUCCGAUGUAUAAGAGAUUUUGCAGAUGGUACGCCAGAAAGGAUGAAGAAAAAAAAUUGGUAUAUACAAUUGGAAUUUUUCAUUUGACUAAAAUAUCGACGUGACAAAACAUCCAGAGUGAAAACCAAGCGGUUUUAAGUAUAAAAAUGACAACUAUUCGCACCGUGUUCCGUUAUGGAGUAGUGUGAGACACGCAUGCACGCACUGUUGUAUUCAGAAACAUGCCAUCACCUUUUAUGUUAGGUGGUACCAGGAAAAUGAAUUUUUUUUUUCCUCCAACCAAUAAUACGCAACUCUUAGGACUGUAGGAGGGUUCUCUUCAUUUUUUCCAGCUUUAAACUGUGUGUAACUAUACAUAAAAAACGUGGCCAACCUAAUCGAACAGAACCACCCGUUUCUUCUGUCCGGAUAUUUUAUUAUAAUCCUUAUGUUUUUUUCGCCAUUUCUAAUAAAUAGAACCGUUUUUGUUUUGUU